AUGUCAUUUUUCAACUACAAAGACCAUAUCGAGGAAGGCGACUUGGUGCUUGCAUUCAUCAAUAGAACUACUAUCAAGCCCAUCUAUGUCAAAACUGGUGAAAUCCUCAAUACGCGAUAUGGCCAUUUCCUUCACUCAUCAAUGAUUGGCAUGAAGUAUGGCGCACAAAUGCGUGGGGCUAAGGGAUACGGUUUCAUUCAUUUGUUGUACCCUACUCCCGAAAUGUGGACCUUGUCAUUGCCUCACAGGACCCAAAUUGUAUACACUCCAGAUUCUUCAUACAUUAUACAGCGAUUGAAUGUCCGAGCUGGAUCAAGAGUCAUUGAAGCUGGAACGGGAUCGGCGUCGUUUACACACUCUUUUGCAAGGACAGUGGGAGAAAGUGGGAAAGUUUUCACAUUUGAAUUCCAUGAACCAAGGUAUUUGGAGGCCAAGACCGAGUUGCUGGAUCACGGAUUGACCAAUACCAUUAUUACCCAUCGCGAUGUUUGCAAUGGAGGUUUCAAUAUUAGUGAUGACACAAUUGAUGGAGACAUGGUAUUUUUGGAUUUACCUUCACCUUGGGAUGCCAUACCGCACUUGGAUACUGUUGUUGCAAAACAGAGGCAAGUGGGGAUCUGUUGCUUCUCCCCUUGCAUUGAGCAAGUUGCCAAAACAGUCACUGCAUUGGAGGAAAACGGAUGGACAAAUAUAGAGAUGGUUGAAAUUGCCGCGAAAAGGUGGGAAGCACGCAAGGAAAUGAAAAGAGAUGUGAAUAAUGCUAUAAACAGAAUCAAAGAUAUACAGGAAAGAAAACAACACGGCAUUGAAAGCAGAAGAGCUGGCCAUCCGCCGCAAAAGUUGGCAAAAUCCGAAGAUUCUUUCAAAUCGGCAAGAAAGAGCGCCAAGGUAAAGGAAGGCGAAGACGGAAGCAUGAGUUCACCAAUUGGUAUGUGUGAUAAAGACUUUUUUUUGGUCCGUAAAUGUAAUACUAACACCCCUACAGUGCUUGAUCAAGGAACUGGGUUUGUAAAGAUUGGUAGAGCAGGUACCAAUUUCCCUGACUACACUUUUCCCUCUAUGGUGGGAAGGCCAAUAUUGCGAGCAGAAGAACGUAACCUUCUUGUACCAGAUGAUAUUGAGAUCAAAGAUAUAAUGUGUGGGUCGGAAGCAAGUCAAGUGAGAUCAUUGCUUCAAAUCAACUACCCAAUGGAGAAUGGUAUUAUAAAGAACUGGGAAGAUAUGGAACAUUUGUGGGAUUACGCAUUUUACGAAAGAAUGAAAUUGAAUCCACAGGGACAAAAGAUCUUGUUGACUGAACCACCGAUGAAUCCUCUCAAGAAUAGGGAAAUGAUGUGUCAGGUCAUGUUUGAAAAAUAUGGAUUUGAUGGGGUUUAUGUUGCCAUCCAAGCGGUGUUGGCAUUGUAUGCACAAGGGUUAAGUUCUGGUGUUGUUGUUGACUCGGGUGACGGUGUGACCCAUAUUGUUCCAGUGUAUGAGUCAGUUGUGUUGAACCAUCUCACAAAGAGAUUGGAUGUUGCAGGAAGAGAUGUUACUAGGCAUUUGAUUAACUUGCUUUUCCGCCGUGGUUAUGCAUUCAACAGAACUGCAGAUUUCGAAACCGUGCGUCAAAUCAAGGAAAAGCUAUGUUAUGUGAGUUAUGACUUGGAGUUUGAUUCAAAAUUGGCUUCGGAAACUACAACCUUGGUGGAGUCGUAUGAAUUGCCUGAUGGAAGAGUUAUUAGGGUGGGAAGUGAGAGAUUUGAAGCUCCUGAAUGCCUAUUCCAACCACAUUUGGUUGAUGUAGAACAGCCAGGAGUUGGAGAAACUUUGUUCAAUACCAUCCAAGCAGCUGAUGUUGACGUAAGAUCCUCCUUGUUUAAAGCGAUUGUCUUGUCGGGUGGUUCCUCAAUGUACCCUGGAUUACCAUCAAGAUUGGAAAAAGAACUCAAACAAUUGUGGUUGACAAGGGUCUUACGCGGUGAUGCUUCAAGACUAGACAAGUUUAAGGUGAGGAUUGAAGAUCCACCAAGAAGGAAGAAUAUGGUUUUCAUUGGUGGUGCAGUUUUGGCAAACAUAAUGGCCGACAAGGACCACAUGUGGAUUUCAAAGCAAGAGUGGGAAGAACAAGGACCUAGAGUAUUACAAAAGUUGGGACCUAGAUAG